UACCCGACGACCACCACCACGAUGAAGGUUAACGAACACCAGGGUAUAUAUCGCAAAAGUACCGCUCCACAUUGUGAUGCUGACUUUUUUCAGCUAUCCUUACACCCCGCCUUCUUCUUGUUCCGUACAGUUCUCACCACGUCCCCACAUACCACGAAUGGAUGCAAGAUGAGGUAUACCAAGAGCCCACCAUACUUCGCACUGUUGGGAUAUUUCCCAGGACUGACUGGGACGCAGGAGUUGCAGAAGCUUACCGCAUCCGAGCCACUGACGCUCCAGGAGGAGUACGCCAUGCAAGCGUCGUGGCGUCAGGAUGCGGAUAAAUUGACCUUUAUUAUCUGCACCUCACCGAACACGCCAACAGCACCAUCGGAUCUUUCCACUAUGGUCAAGGUCUCUCCCGAAACGGAAGAUGCACCCGACCGCAUGGUAGGGGACGUGAACCUGUUCCUCUAUCCGUGUGAGGAAGGUGAUGACGUAGAGCAACAGGAAGGCUGUGGGACAGAGAAGGUGGACAUGGUCGGCGAGUUGGAGAUUAUGAUUGCUCGACCUAGCGCCCGAGGCAAGGGACUUGCGAAAGAAGCCCUGCAGGCAUUCAUCUGGUACAUAUCCACAUCGUUACCGGCUAUUCUGGAGGAGUACGCAAAAGGAACAAAUGACACGGGCAAGCUGAAGUCUCUAAGCUACUUGAGGGUCAAGAUUGACAAAGACAACACCCGGAGUAUCAAGCUAUUCAAAUCGUUGUGCUUCAGUCAGGUCAGCGAGCCUAACUAUUUCGGGGAAGUGGAACUGCGGUCUAUGGAUAUACAUGGUGGGAUAGCGGAUGCUACUGGGUUUGCAAGAAAACUAUCCUACGGGGACUGAAAGACAAGCAUGUCCAAAACAAGCGACAUGAAGAGCACGGGACUGUAUGUCACGAGGCAAAGAAAUCUGAUUGUUGGAAGUACCUGGCAAUGUACACGAUAUAGAACACACGCUUCCGCUACCCGCUCUCCUGAACCGCGCAAAUGCAAAACCACCCAAUGUUUAUUGGUUCGUCUUGCCAGAGUUGUUUGGCUUGGGGAGUUGGUCGAGGAUGCUCUUGUUUUGUGGUGGCUGGUAGACAAU